AUUAAUUUGGGUCCACCAGCUUAAUUUGUUUGUGUUGGACAUUGGAAGCAGUUCCUGAGCGUCAGCAGCAGAGAGCUGUAUGUUGAAGCCUUCGAGCAUGGCUUCCACAGUCAGGUCCCUGCUCCUCCUGCUCGUCCUCGUCCACGCAGCCUUCGCUGCUCUACCUGAGACGAAGCCCAGCUACCCAUCCGUUCCGAACCCACCUGCUGCCACGGACAUGCCCGGAGACCAACCCACUUCCUCUAAUCAUCAAAAGCGUUUAAAUAGCAUGGCCAGAAAACUGAUGAUGAACUGCAUCAACAAGGGGUUUCAAGUCCCCACAGGGAUACAAGACAUUCUCCAAAAACUCGCUGGGAUGGAGAAAACCGACACAGACAAGCCAAAGCCUCUCCUCGACUUCCUCGACACCCUGCAGUCACUCCCUACUGAGGCCGCAGACACCAACAGGGACCCCCAGGGCACGGUCCCUGGCUUACCGCUUGGACCAGAAUAUCUGAACAGGGAGCUGUGGAACAGCUCCAACCCUCAGGCCAUGCUCAAGUUGAUGGGGUUGAAGACAUCCUUGAAAGCACAUGCGUGUUUCAUGCGGGGGUUCCUAGCGCCACUCUCCCUGGACAGCUUGAUGGCGGGAAAGGACAUGAACUCAGAGGACCACGACAACCUGCUGUGGGCCGCCCAGCCCCUCCUGAAGAACAUGCCGCCCUCUGACCUGGCCCUGCCCCAGAACAUAACACGGCCCAACAUGGAGAGGAUGAUGAGGAUGCUGAAGGAAGGCUUCGCCUCUCUGUCAGAGAUGCAGAGGACUCAGAUCAAAAAAUGGGUCAGGCAGCAUGUGUCCCAGAACAACUUCAACUGCACCCUCAAACCCAGAACUAAGCCUGACAAAGCCAGGCCUGCAGCAGCUGGGGAUGGGGCCGUCACUCGAUGCCCGAGGAAGCUGAAGUGGCUGGCCAUGAAGGAGAUGAUGAUGAUGGGGCCCUUCCUCUCCCGACUGAGGCCAACAGAACUGGACGCUGCCUCCGACGACCAGCUGUGUGAGUUCUUCCGGUCUGAGAACUUCAGCAGCUCGUUCCAGGGCGUGGCCGGGAUGAGCCCAGCCCUGGCUAGGAGAUUCCUGGACAGGAUUAAGAAGUGCACCAACGGCCAGGAGAUGCUUUCACAGCAGUUGGAGAGAUUCGGUAUGUUAGCCUGUUACUAUAAGGACGACCCACCAGUGAACAUGACCCUUAAGUCCCGCCUCCUCGCACAGCUCAACGAGUGUGACAACUUUGGAGCCAAAAAGCUGAAGAAGCUACUGGUUAAGAAGCUGAUGGCGUCGGGGCAGCUCCCCAGCCUCCCAGACCUGCUGUUUAUCCUGGGCUCCGGUAUGUCCAAGCUCUCCGCCCAACAGCUCUCCUCGUACACCGCAGAGGAGCUCAAAAUGACCCUCAAAGGAGUGGGCCGCAAAGUGAAGAUGAGGUUGGGCCUGGCCCGGACGCUGGUCAAGAGUCUGCUGAAGAAGGGGGAGAAUGUGAGCGCUGAAGAUCUGGUGUCAGUGGGCGGCGCUGUGAAAGGAGUCCCACUGAGGAUCCUGAGGAAGAUGAAUGCCAAGGAGAUGCUGGGUAACGGCAGUCUGGAGGACGUCGCCCAGAUGAUGACCAAGGGGCAGAAGGAGGCCCUGAUGGAGGGGCUCCGCAAAAACGUGCAAGCCUCCGAGCUGAUCAUGAAGCUGCCAGCCCUCCUCCGCUCCACCCUGUCCCUGAACGACCUGAAGAGGGCCAACCUCACCUCUCUGGACCAGGUGGAGGGCAAGCAGUGGACCCGAGCUCAGGCUAUAUUCCUGCUCAAAAAGCUAAUGAAGAAAAACAUCAAGCCCAAAGUUAUAAGGCGACUGCAGCAAGCCAUUCUGGGCAUGACCUGUAGGAUGAUGGAGAGAGUUGCUGAGAAGGACUCUUUAGAAAUGGUUGACGCCUUAACCGAGACUCCACAGUUGCUCUCAAAAGACCAGGUCACCUGUGCUGCCCGGAAAUUAUUUGCCGCAUAUGAGAGCGAGAGACGCAGAUAUUUCCUGAACGUCACAGACCAAGAACUGGAAGUCAUCCCUACUCAAAUGCUGAUCCACCUGGCAGCCAGGAAGAUCCGGAGCCUUCCAGACUCUGUGUGCGCCACCUUCCUGACCAAGAUGAGUAGCGCCAACCUGAGCUCCCUGGCUCCCGGGUCCCUGUCUCGCCCGGCACUCACCAACCGGUCACUUCUCUGCCUGGCCAAUGGCCGCAGCAUGGCUGAGGUAUCAAGUGAAGAGAUCCUGGAUCUUGGACAGCUGGUGUGCGAGCUCUCCCCAGCCCAGCUCCGGCUCUUCAGCCAAGAGGCCCUCAACUCCAGCCUGCAGGCCAUGGCUGCCUGCUCCCACAUCCCUCGCCGACACCACAUGGCCCUACUCCGCCUGCUCAAGCAGACUUAUGGAAAUGUAUCUGAUUGGUCCCAAGAGACAAUGGAGUCCUUCGGUCCUCUUCUCCUGUUGGAUGAGUCAGAAAUCAAAAAUCUUUCGAGUUCCGUCUUCAAGCCAUGGCAGGAGAGAGUUCUAUCUGACCUGAAGGACAGCAGGAUGAAUGACAUCUCUAGCGACCUGAGCGCCGGCCUCAAAGCCCUGAGGAGGCUCCUCUUCUCUAUCAAGACCCGGCCUGGAGGGGCCCGCAGGAGGAGAGGAGCAGACGUCGCCCCCGUGGCUGAACCCACUGUGCAGCUGAUUGAGGAGCUGGCAGAGGACAAUAACCUCUGGACCCCCCAACAGCUGCAGGGCAUGUCAACAGAGACAUUCAUGGCAACAACAGAAAUAUUGCGCUCCAUCACUGAUUACUGUUCAGAUCAGCUGGUUGUACUUAAAGGAAAAGCUGUGGAGGCAUUUGGCCCGGUGCGCAGUCUAAAUGAGAGUGUUUUGAUCCAACUGGGGUGUGUGAGCCAGGGCUUCUCCGGCGCAGAGCUGGAGGACCUUCCUCUGGCCCUGGAGACUCUGGAGGAACUCUCGGACUGCCGCUGGCUGCAAGCGCAGAGGGUCGCUAUCUGGAAGGGGUUCAGUAGUAGAAGCAAUCUAGGAGCGGAUACGCUGGGAGCUGCUGAUAUAGUAACGCUCAACCAGUUCAUCUGUGGCCUCAGCCCUGAAGACAUAGGAAAGAUCCAACCGGCUGCCUUUAGGGACUCUGUGUCCUCAGUGGGAGACAUGCAAUGUCCGUUAUCAGUCAUAAGGGAAUUCAAGAAGCUGGCUGUGACUUUGCUUGGAGAGCCUAGAGAUUGGACUGAGGCAGAAGUCUCCACAGUGGGCAACAUUGUUGUGGGCCUGAACGCAGACGAGAUGAGGUCUCUGGAGGCCCCUGUCUUUGCCUACCUAUCCAAAGACAGCAUUCAUCGCAUUCCUGUAGAGGUGUUCUCUGCCCUGUCCCAAACUCAGCUGAAGUCCCUGGGUGCAGAAAACCUCCUCAUGGUGACUCCCGCCCAGAGAGAAGCUCUGACCACAGAGCAACGGGCUGCCCUGGACGAGACACUGACCGACUCUCGUGCGGAGGGGUUAGCCCCUCAGCCUCUCGCCGCUGAUCCCCCUCAAUCAGGUGCUCCGUCCAUGACCAUUGAGGGCAUCGCAGCGUUCAUGAAGCCCUUCCUCUUCCUCUUCCUCGGACUGCUGCUGCUUUAGAGCCGGAGACCUCAGCUCUCACUCACGAGCAGCACUAUUAAGCACUUGCUACUGUGAAGAGGACCAUAGAUCUUUAUACUCUAUAUUUACAAAUAGUUUGUCAACAUAUAGAAUAUAUAUUUAGGAUUCAAUUGUAACUGAAUGGAAGGUAAUAUUGAUUGGUCUACGUAUAAUGCUUUGAAAUGUGGAAAAUGAAAACUGUAGGUUAAAGAUGGUCAUAAUAGGGAUACAGAUGAUUAAAUUAGAUGUCAGCAGUGCACCAUGAUGAUGUACACAAUUACAGGAAGACAACCUACAUGUCAUGUUCAAAUAAAACAUUUAAUCAAAUUUUUUGUCAAGGCAGUUAAAUAGAAGUGACAGAGAGAAAAUUCUGUCUAUAUAACAUAAUAAAGUACAUUCCCCAGUGUGUAUUGUACAUCCAAAUGAUUUAUCUAUGAAAAUCUGCUUAAAUACAAGGUUAUGCAUGGUCAUCUAGUUUAAGGCAUGUUGGAGGAAUACAAAGAAUCACAAAAUAUACAUUGAGUUUGUUUAAAGUUUCUCAUAGGACAAUACAAAUCCCUAAACUACACUUAAAAAGCACAGCAGACAUUCACACGAUUAAAACAGACACAUUAAACAAACACACACACACCUCCAUCUCCUUACAUGCCGAAGAAACUAUCAUUCUGUUAAAUAUUGUUUACUUACUGUCUUUAAAUAAAUUGGUAGCAAUUGCCUAUAAUGUACAACCCGGAAAUUAAGAACAAAAAGUACUUUUAGAAAAUCCUCAUGAGUAGAGAAACUAAGAUUGAUGUCACAUUACACUGCUGUCAUCACAUUGUGGUCGCCUGUGAAGACAGAAAUAAAGAAUAAU